UCUUAAAAGUUUCUCGUUUUUUAAUAACAAUGGUAAUGAAAGGGUGGUAAAAAUUUUUAAAGAAUUUCUUUAUAAUGUCAUUGCAAAAACAAAAUAAAGCCUAUGGAGACUCAAACAACAUUACAGAAAAGCUACGCUCCAGUAUAAGCAAUGGAACCACUUUUAAGUUGUUUGAAGACGACUAUUUUAUUUUUGAACUGAUCAAACUUUUGUAUGACAACUCCCUUGAUAUUAAUACACAAGUAGAAAUACUAACUGUUAUUGAACAAUAUGCUUGUGGUACGCUGCCUUCGAACAGUUUUGACCAAGUGAUAACAGCCUUACUUGACAUUUACCAAGAUUCACAUUCUGCUUCACAGACUGUAGCCUCUCAGCUCCUGAUUACACUUUCUACAUUGUUUCUUUCAAAUGAUGAGCUUUUGGACUCUGAUCUCUGUGCAAAGUUUGUGGUCCUUCUGACAGAUGUGAUCUCCAAAGUUAACAAUGUUACCAACAGAAGGUUGCGAGCCUGCUGCUGUCAGUGUUUGUCACAGCUGGUGUCUUGGAAACCUGGCCUGCUUUGGAGAUGGAGAGAAGCUUUAAUAAGACUUGUGAAGGAAGAAAAAACGGAUGUCAUUCAGGACUAUAUGGUGUUACUGAUCAAUGUAAUUAGCUCCCCUGAUCAAACUGAAGUGUUGGACCAGUCAUAUGACAAGUCUGGGAAAAAGACAGCCACACCAAGCAAUGAUUUGCUGUCAACAGUUUCACAGGUCAUGGAUAACAUGUUCCUAAUGACCCCUGCAGGAUUGACUACUGUGGUGUGUUCCAUAGCUCAGCUAGUAAAAACAAACAAAGACCUGCAUCCUACAAUAUUUAAGGCUCUAAUGUUACAGUACAUGUCAUCUCUAGAUCCCAAUAUUGUCUUCCUGAUGUUGUAUAUUCAGAAAGAAUUUAGAGGACAGAUUUUAUCUUCAUCUGAGGAAAGGACACUUUUAAACAGAGCCAUGACUUGUGUGAAUCUCCCAAGUCUAAGUACAUCAACUCGCCUGAUCAUUGGCCAGUGGCUGUUGUCUUACCUACAAGAUGAAGCAAUUAACUCAUCAUCAGAGUUCAUGUUAAAAGAUAUGUCUCCCGUUGUAUUUGAUCCUCUGGAUAUACAUACUUUAAAGUUGGCAAUGAUAAAUAGUUGCUCUGGGCCUAAAAAUCAAGAUGUUUCAGGAAAUCUGCAUUACUUAACACAGCUUGCGGACACAACUGGAGGUGCAAGAGUUACCUGCCAUUUGUUUCGUAGUUUGUUUUUACUAGUGACUACCAGAAGUUCUCAGACUGUGAGGAGUAAUGUGUUAAGAAUCACAAAGAAAUUAUUUCAAAAUUUUCCACACCUCAUCCCCAUGAUGGUUGAUUUUCUCAGAGCAGUGAAAGAAAACCAGCCUCACGAAGAACUUCAUCAAGAAAUCUUGUCACUGCUUCAUGACACUGUUCUCUCACUGGCUAUCAAAACUUUGUUGGGAAAUUAUCAGAACUACCUCCAGGUCUGGAUGCUGUCAGCUCAGGAUGUUACGAUACAACAACAGAAGCCUUUAAUAAGACUGUUGGAGUUGGUUCAAGAAGCCAGGUAUUGUGCCCUGGAUGAUUGGUCUCUAGGCAGUCUUGUUUUAACGAUUUGUCGGACUAUGAUACUUCAUCAUCAUACUGACCUACUUUAUACUUCACUGGGAGACUUGCUGUACUUCAUGCUGGACUCUUACAGUGAUUGUGAUAUCAGGGACCAGGCCAGAUUCUUCUAUACAAUAUUGACAGUACAAAGUGAUGCCAAGGCGAAAGAACUCCUUGCUGCAACAUUAUCUGACAGUUUGCGUCUGGGAGAAAAUAUUACAGAUUUUUUUCCAGGCUCUGUAGUGCAAACAAAACCUGCUGAGCUAUUUGCAUUAAAAGAAGCGCCACUUGUUUGGUUGAGAAACUCUUGUGACAGUGAGUAUACCUUGACCAAGGAAACCAUGCCUGUUGAGUUCCCCAAACCUGUUACUGAUAAUCUGUCUGACUAUUGGGACACUUUGUAUCACCUCCAGACAGUCAUGAUCUGUAACUUCACUCUAAGUCUUAUCAAAGACAGUGACUAUGAUUUUUUAGUUGCUAUUUCAUUUGUAUUAUCCAACAAUAAAAAUAUGGCUGUAUUGCAAGAUUCUUGUUUGCCAUAUCUCAAUAAAGGAGAAUCAAAAUGUGUGCAUUUUAAAUUGCUACCUAAAUUGCCAGAACCUAUGACUAUCAAAGUGAAAGCUCAGUUUGGAUUUAGUAACAAAACCUACGAGUGUGAUUUAGUCCCAGUGACAUUUGAACUUAGAGAUUUUCUACAGCCUUUUCCAUGGGACUUGUUCAACAUUGACAACAAAGAAACAUUUUUUUGCCACCACUGGGAGAACUACACUCUCAAGUCAAAAGAAAAAUUUCUGGGUGUAGAGUCUGUGAAGAUUCUUCAGUGUUCUAGAAAUGUGUUGCUGAAAGUUUGGGAGAAAGGGCUGGUGUUUACAAAAGAGACAGAGGAUGGUGACAUUUGCACAGAUCAUUAUUUAUUCUUUCUGCCCCCACGUUUUCAUUUGUUGUUCUGUACCAGGACUCGCAGCACUGAUGUGGUAGUUCACAUUGCUUCUGAUUAUUGGCCAGUUCUGGGAUUUCUAGAUGAGUAUCUUGAGCAAGUCUCGAAGACCUCAUAAAGCUGUCUGUCAACUUAAAUUAACUACAUUAAAAGUCUUUCAGUGUACAUACUUAGUCCUUGUUAAAAUCUACUUUGUGAUUAAACUAAUUACAUACUGAGACCAGAAUAUUUAUAAUGGCCAGUUUGAACCAAUGACUGUAACACAUGCAAUGCAUUCUCCAAAUGAAAUGAAUGUUUAUAGUGAUUGCUCAAACUUUUUAGGUUUUUUCUAAGAGGAUUUCUAAUACAGAGUAAGAAAUGUGAAAACAA